CUGGCAUGACCAACGCCAAGAGCCGGGGGUCCAAGCAGCCCAAGGCAGCCAAGUCGAUUGUGCGCCGGCUGCGGGACGAGCUCUCGGGGAAGCUUCGGCACGAGCAGAUAUGGAGCGUCAACCAAGCCCACGCCGCGCCGCGCAAUGCGCUGUACCAAGUGCAGCUCGCAGAGAGCCUGCAUCGCCACUUGCAGCCGAGCCUCCUUCGCCUCGACGACGCCGCUCAUGUUGACACGGCCACCAUCUUUGAAAGUGCCAAGGUAGAUGCGGCGCUGCGGCUCUCACGUCAGCUCUACAUGCUCGAAUUUAGCUUUCGAAAGCUGUCGCUGCGCUGGCGCCGCAUCAAGCUCGCGUCGGGGCUGCAGCUGUGGCAGCACCACGUGGCCCUGCGCAAGGCCCACGACAUGCAUGUCAAGGUGCUGACGUUUCAUGCGAUCCGCAUUCAGCGCGCGUACCGGCGCCGGUUUGCCCAUGUCCGCGACAUGGCUGCGAAAAAAUCGCUGGCGGACCAACUCCACGCGCUACUGCAGGAGCACGCGGCCGCCCACGCCCAGAGAGUGCGCGAGGAGCUCAUGGCAACGCGGCUUCAGCGAGUCUGGCGAGGGACAAUGACGCGGCUGCGCGUCGCCGACAUCUUGGCCGCGCAGCUGCGGCGGACGCUCUGUACCCUCUCGGUGCAUCAGCUCUUUGGACACCUCAAGCCCGUGCAGGUGGCCGCGGGACAUCUCUUCUUGACGUCGAGUGCUGAUGCCGCGGCCAUCGACGCUGCCCACGAUGUACUGCUGCACCCGCCCGCCGCGAGCCAGAGCCUUCUUCGGUGGACGUGUGUGAUUCAAGACAUUGCGUCUCUCGCAGAGGUCCGUGCGGCGCGCCAUCGUUCUGUGCGCGCCAAGGCCCGGGCGACCUUCUGGCAGCUGCAAGAAGCGCUUGUGGCAAACAUGGCGCUGCAGGAGUGGCGUCACUUGCAGCGCAACGAGCGACAUCUGGCCCGGCGCCGCGCUCGUACCGAGCACUUGGAGCGGCAGCGAGAUGUGACCCGCGGCACCCGCGCGCUUCUUCUACGCCAAGCGCUACAAGCGCAGCUCGAGGCGCGUGAGGCGGCCGACAUGGCGCGCGAAGACGAGCUCAUGCGCGCCGUGAUGGCGGCGUGGCGGGCGUGGGACCAAAAGCUCGCGUCGGACCGACUCAAGCACGCCCGUAUGUGCUUGAAGCUCCAGCUCCAGUCGCGCGCGGCGGCUGUGACGGCGGCCCGCCGCGAACUCGAUGCCAUGUUGAUCGAGGACGACCACGGGCGUUGCGCGCGUCUCAAUACUCAUGGCGCGUCGGUCGAGAUAUCAUGGCUAUCGUGGCGCGUCACGAUCACGAUUCAACAAAUGCGCAGCGUUGUUGUGCACCACGUGACCGCCGUCACCUUCAUCUAUCGCGCGCGGCGACUACCAGCGUUGACCGAGUACGUCUACAGCACGUCGAAUGUACUGGACCUCAAGCAAGGACUGCUCCGACCAUCGCGGCACCAGCUGCCGACGAUCCUCAUGCCUUCGGAAGUGCGCUGGCGUGGCGGCAUCGGGCGGUACCUCUACCGCAUUUGCUGGCACCGGCGCGAAAAGGCGGCGCCAAGCCUCUCGAUUAAGGCCACACGCGUGGAUGCAACUGCGGUGGUUGUCGCCGCCGCCACCUUUGCGCUGCCAAGUGUUUUGGCAAUUUUGACGCUGGAUCAAAUGGUGUGGCUACGCCCACGCCACCACAUUCUGCUCUUUCGCCACCUCGCUGCGUGCACCGCGGUCGAUGCGACGUCCCUGGAGCUCGUGCUCACGCCGCCGCUGCACGUGGCGCAGCAAGACGGCGCUGUGUACUCGGCCAUACCCCUUCUAAAUGCUCUUCUUCAGUGCAGCUGGACGACAUUCCAGGACCACCUCCAUCGUAUUGAGCGACGACUGUGUCGAUACGACUAAGGUCUGCGCUAAAGCCGGUCCUGUAGUCGUUUUCAUAGUCGUUUAGUCGAGCGGGAAGUUUGAAAAUUUUCGUUCAAAUGUACGCAUGGCCGUACUGGCGUUUCCGGGAGAGAAUGUACGGCAUUCUAAAAUAAAAUAGUAUCCUGGUG